CUGGAGGGCUUGUUAUGGGGUUAGCGUGAGAGAAACUCCAAAUUCUGUCCACCCUUCUUUACCAGUCAAACCAGUAACUCCGGAUAGAGCACACUCGAGCAGUUUUUACCCUUGUGGUCCCUGAUGGCUUCGCACAGUGAUACUCUGGUGGUGUUCUUUGGGGCAACAGCUGGUGCAAAUGGGGGUAAACUGGGGUCGGAUGAGAGGGAAAUAAUUCUGUUGGUGUGGCAAAUUGUGGAUCUACAUGAGAAAAAGGUGGGAAAACUUCAGCAGCGCCUGGUUAAACCAGACACUUUGGAAUUAACAGAUCAGUGUAAAGAGGACACGGGAUUGAGUGUGGAUGAAGUUUGUAAAGCAGAGCCUCUGGACACGGUUCUUCAACAGUUCCAGCAAGCCGUAUCAGCAGAACUUAAAGCUCUGGGCAGAAGCUCCUACAAUCUGUGCGUGGACGGACCCCUCCUCGUCCGACAGGCCCUCCAUCCCGAGGCUUCCAAAAAGAAUUUGGUCCUGCCGGAGUGCUUUUACUCAUUUGUCGAUUUGAAAAGAGAGUUUCACAAAUGCUGUCCCAACGCCGGUCCGGUAAAAGACCUCACGCUUCCCUCCAUGCUCGAAUAUUUGUGCCUCCCAGCAGUAAGCGAGCAGAGGGCAGGAGUGAGGGAGGUGAAGAGCAUGAUGACAAUCAUCCAGCACAUCCUGGCUGAGCCAUACGGUCACAAAUUUUCCUUGAUUGAAACGGUUAAAUACAAGUUUGAAUCUGGAGCCUGCAGUAAGACAGAAGCUGUGGACAGCGAGACGGUGAUCAGAGCCAGAGGGUUGCCAUGGCAAUCUUCAGACCAGGACAUCGCCCGCUUCUUUAAGGGCCUCAACAUCGCCAAAGGUGGUGUGGCACUGUGUUUAAAUGCUCAGGGUCGCAGGAAUGGAGAGGCUCUGGUGCGCUUCGUAAACGCCGAACACAGGGACAUGGCGCUGGAACGACACAAACACCACAUGGGCAGCAGAUACAUUGAGGUGUAUAAAGCAACCGGAGAGGAGUUUCUAAAGAUUGCUGGAGGCACAUCUAACGAGGUGGCUCAGUUCCUGUCUAAGGAGAAUCAGGUGAUCAUCCGCAUGCGAGGCCUGCCCUUCACCGCCACGCACCAGGACGUCCUGGGCUUCCUCGGUCCUGAGAGCCCCGUGACGGAUGGCACAGAGGGCCUGCUCUUCGUUAAAUAUCCUGAUGGAAGGCCCACGGGUGAUGCCUUUGUGCUGUUUGCCUGUGAGGAGUACGCGCAGAACGCUCUGAAAAAGCAUAAACAGAUCCUGGGGAAGAGGUACAUCGAGCUGUUCCGCAGCACGGCAGCCGAGGUCCAGCAGGUCCUGAACCGCUACAUGUCCACUCCACUGAUAUCCACACUUCCUCCUCCUCCUACGAUGGUUCCUGUUCCCGUUCUAGCUGCUCCGCCCUUUAUCACCACAGCUAGCACCAGGGACUGCGUGAGGCUGCGCGGUUUGCCGUACACCGCCGCCAUCGAGGACAUCCUGGAGUUUAUGGGAGAGCACACUAUAGAUAUUAAACCUCACGGUGUUCACAUGGUGCUCAAUCAGCAGGGUCGUCCGUCCGGCGACGCUUUUAUCCAGAUGAAAUCGGCAGAUCGUGCCUUCAUGGUGGCACAGAAGUGCCAUAAGAAGAUGAUGAAGGAUCGUUACGUGGAGGUGUUCCAGUGCUCCACUGAAGAGAUGAGCUUCGUGCUGAUGGGAGGAACGCUGAACCGGAGCGGUUUAUCUCCUCCGCCGUGCAAGUUGCCCUGUCUCUCACCACCGACCUACGCUGCGUUUCCAGCUCCAGCUGCUAUGCUUUCUGCUGAGGCAGCCCUGUAUCAGCCCCCCCUGCUGGCCACUCCAAGAACUCCACAGCCGCCCACACACAGCCCGGCCCCGGCCCUUGCCUACUAUUCCCCUCAGCCACAGCUGUAUAUGAACAUGAACAUGAACUACACCGCCUAUUACCCCAGUCCUCCAGUGUCCCCGUCCACAGUGAGUUAUUUUGCAGCGCCAGGCUCGGUAGCAGCUCCGGCUACUCCUGCUAUUCUGCCUCAGCACGGCGCUCUGGUGCGCAUGCAGGGACUACCUUAUAACGCCGGGGUUAAAGACAUCCUCAGCUUCUUCCAGGGUUACCAGCUCCAGGCGGACUCUGUGCUCGUCUUGUAUAACCUGAGUGGCCAGCGGAGCGGGGAGGCGCUCGUCACCUUCCCCAGCGAGGAGGCGGCGAGACGUGCCGUGGUCGAGCGCUCCAACCUUCCCCUCUCUGGCCACCCUGUCCGCCUGAUGUGCUGCGAAUGAGCUAAACACUCACCACUUGAAGCCGACUCCAGGGACGAGCGAGGUCUGCACUUCACCCCGGAUAACCUCCCUCUCUAUCUCUCUCUCUCACUCUCUCGCUCUCGAUCUUACUCAGAUGCACAGGGAGCUUUUUCCUCCGUUUCUAACAUGCUACUCCUGGUGAAGGUGCUACAGUAGCAUGAUGGAAAACUAUGAACUCUAUGUAUAUAUGUAUUUAUACAUGAAAUACACAUAUCGUUUAAAUGCCUUGUGGAUAUAGAGAAAUGAUGUAUAUUCUUAGUCAUGUUCUUUAUGCAGACUAGGCUAAAUGUUAAGGCCGAACUUUCUUUAGCUCUUCCUAUGGGAGAAAUCCCACAACGAGGAUCCACUGUGUUUUUACUCAAAGGCAGUGCAAUAUACAAAGGCUAAGCCAUAGAGCCUGCACGUGUGAUGCAAAAAAAAAAAGCAAUAAAAAUUACUACUGAGGCCCGUUUUGAUGCCACUGCUGAAUACUGCUACUAAAGCAGGUUCGCCAAUCUACGCCUCAUCCCGGGGACGUGUAUACACCCUGCUGCACGCAAGACGUUGUGUCGUUGUCGACCAUAUUAAGUUUAAUUGCAUUGUGUAACAAACGAGACCGGGCGUGCCCCUUUAAUCUGCUCGAGCAGCUUCUUAGUUUAAUCGAAUCCAGAACAGAGCCGUUUUAUUUAAUGUGAGAAACAAGCCGCUGGGAUUUCGUCAGAUCUGCAUGCUUUCUUUUUGCAGUCUUUAUUACUGAAAGACGGUUUUCUUUGCUAAUCUAUCUCAUGUGACCGGAAAGGCCUUCGGUCAUCAUAGUGCCUCUACUCUUCGUUUUUGUGCCAAUAAUACACCAGCCAGAGGUCGAUACCGGCUAUAAAACACUCAGCCCGCUUCUCUGGCAACCGAGUGGGCAUUUAGGAGAUGUUUUUGUUUUUUGUUUUUGUUUGUUUGUUUUUUUUAAACCAAGUUUGAAACUUGUAUGAAGCUGAAGAUAGCAUUUAUGUAAUGAUUAUAAAACAAUAAAACAUUAUUCUGAAA